AUGGGUGAAAUGGACACGUUAAAAAAGGAGGCCGAUGGUCUGAAGGCCCAGAUUGAAGCAGGCCGCAAGGCGGUCAAUGACACCACCAUGGCCACUCUAGCAUCUGGUGUGGCGGCUGCACCACGUGUUCAGCUGAAAAACAGAAAGACAUUGAAGGGCCACUUGGCCAAAAUCUACGGCUUGCACUGGUCUGCUGAUAACAGCUUUCUUUUUCUCUCCAACAGGCACAUGGUCAGUGCCUCACAGGAUGGCAAGCUUCUUAUUUGGGACACCUACACCGGCAACAAGGUAUAUGCCGUCCCCCUCAAGUCCUCCUGGGUAAUGAGUUGCUCCAUGGCCCCUUCUGGCAAUCUGGUGGCCAGCGGAGGUCUGGAUAACAUGUGCACCAUCGCCAAUAUCAAGGGUGCCAGCCCAAAGACCCUCAGGGAGCUGGAUGCACAUGAAGGCUACCUUUCUCAUAGCCGCUUUCUGAGCGACACUGAGAUCCUCACAGCAUCCGGUGACACCACUUGUUGCCUGUGGGAUCUGGAGACUGGCAAGCAGAAGGUGAUCUACAAGAGCCACGUGGGUGACUGUAUGUGCCUGGCCUUGUCACCAGACCAGAACACUUUCAUCUCAGGGGCAUGUGACUCCAGCGCCAAGCUGUGGGACAUAAGAGAUGGCGGCUGCAAGCAGACCUUCAUCGGCCACACGAGUGACAUUAACGCCAUUGCGUUCUACCCUAGUGGCACUGCAGUUAUCACAGGUUCCGAUGACUGCACCCUCAAGAUGUACGACCUCCGUGCUGACCAAGAGGUCAAUGGCUACCAGGACGCUGCAUUGAAUGCUGGCGUCACGUCAGUCUCCCUCUCCAGCUCAGGACGCCUCAUCUUCGCCGGCUACGACAACUUCAACUGCAACAUCUGGGAUUCUCUGAAGGCCGAGAAAAUUGGUGUUCUGUCUGGCCAUGACAACAGAGUGAGCUGCAUUGGGGUGCCAGACGAUGGAUUGGGAGUCUGCACAGGAUCCUGGGAUAGCUUCCUGAAGAUCUGGAACUGA